ACACUUGAAACAUCCACAAUCACAUAAACUCCAAGAUAACAAUGGAGUUAUGUGACCCAUCAAGAUUUAGGGAAAGUAUUGCCACACUUUGGAACCAGGCAAUUUUCCACCAGUUCAACAAUUAAACUAAUAUAUUCUCUGCUGAUAAUCAAGAGUAAAGAGCCAAAUAAAGUCAUGCACAUUCUAUUGGCAAAUGGCAUCUGUGGCUGUUGAGUUUUACUGUAACUCGUUACUCUAUCAUUCACAGUCAACUUAAUUUGCAAGUUAUGUCCUAAUGGAUGUAAAGACCUGUGUUGAUGUAUCCAGGAUCUAGCAAAUGUUGAAGAUAAGGAACCUAUUAUGACUAAUCCUUGGGAAGAGAAAGUCUGCAAAAUGGCUCAAACGAGUUUACUGCAGGGGAAGCAGUUUUACUGUAGGGAGUGGGUUUUCCACAAGCUUCAGCAUUGCCUCCAGGAGAAAACCAACUGCUGCAAUAGUGCUGUCAACACACCAUCCCUUGUAAUGAAUUCUGGGAAUAAUGCUAGUGUUGUCUCUGGAAAAGGAGCUGCCUGGGGUGUGUUGUUGGUAGGAGGGCCUGGCAGUGGCAAGACAGCCCUAUGUACUGAGCUGUUGUGGCCAAGUUCACCUAUAAGCUUGCAGAGAGGUUUACAUCGCCAGGCUUUGGCCUUUCAUUUCUGCAAAGCCCAGGACUCUGAUACUUUGUGUGUUGGAGGGUUUAUUAGAGGUCUAGUUGCCCAGAUCUGCCGCAGUGGACUACUCCAAGGAUAUGAGGAUAAGCUAAGGGAUCCAGCAGUCCAAAGCCUCUUACAGCCUGGAGAAUGUGAAAGGAACCCAGCUGAAGCAUUUAAAAGAUGUGUUCUGCUCCCUCUUCUGGGAAUGAAGCCUCCCCAGCAGAGCCUGUAUCUGCUUGUUGACUCUGUUGAUGAAGGGUGUAACAUCACGGAAGGUGAACAGACGUCUACCGGCUUCUCUGGAACUGUUGCAGAGCUUUUAGCUGGUCACCAUGAGUUCUUUCCACCAUGGCUAUUACUUCUGUGUUCUGCCCGAAAACAGAGUAAGGCUGUUACUAAGAUGUUUACCGGUUUUCGAAAAAUAAGCUUAGAUGACCUUCGGAAGGCAUAUAUUGUUAAGGAUGUUCAGCAGUAUAUCCUUCAUCGUUUAGAUCAAGAAGAAGCUUUGCGACAACACCUCACAAAAGAAACUGCAGAGAUGUUAAAUCAACUGCACAUUAAAAGCAGUGGAUGCUUUCUUUAUCUAGAACGAGUUCUAGAUGGAGUUGUAGAAAAUUUUAUUAUGUUAAGAGAGAUUCGUGACAUCCCAGGAACUCUAAAUGGUCUCUAUCUCUGGCUGUGUCAGAGACUUUUUGUAAGGAAACAGUUUGCAAAAGUUCAGCCCAUUUUGAAUGUGAUUCUUGCAGCCUGCCGGCCUUUGACCAUAACGGAAUUAUAUCAUGCGGUAUGGACCAAAAAUAUGUCAUUAACCUUGGAAGACUUUCAACGUAAGCUAGAUGUCCUCUCCAAACUUCUUGUUGAUGGACUAGGAAAUACUAAAAUACUAUUCCACUAUAGUUUUGCGGAGUGGCUUCUGGAUGUGAAACAUUGCACUCAGAAGUAUUUAUGUAAUGCAGCGGAAGGACACAGAAUGUUGGCUAUGAGUUAUACCUGUCAAGCCAAGAAUUUAACACCAUUGGAAGCACAAGAAUUUGCAUUGCAUUUAAUUAAUUCAAACUUACAGUUAGAGACAGCUGAGUUAGCUCUCUGGAUGAUAUGGAAUGGUACACCUGUCAGAGAUUCCCUGUCAACUUUAAUACCCAAGGAACAAGAAGUGCUACAGCUGUUGGUUAAAGCUGGUGCUCACGUCAACAGUGAAGAUGAUCGCACAUCGUGCAUAGUCCGACAAGCCUUGGAAAGAGAGGAUUCCAUUCGGACAUUAUUAGAUAAUGGAGCUUCGGUAAAUCAGUGUGAUUCAAAUGGGAGAACAUUAUUAGCUAAUGCGGCCUACAGUGGCAAUCUUGAUGUAGUGAAUUUACUUGUCUCCAGGGGAGCAGAUUUAGAGAUCGAAGAUGCGCACGGACAUACACCACUUACCCUAGCUGCUAGACAAGGACAUACCAAGGUGGUUAAUUGUUUGAUUGGGUGUGGUGCAAAUAUUAAUCAUACUGAUCAAGAUGGUUGGACAGCAUUAAGAUCUGCUGCUUGGGGUGGCCAUACCGAGGUAGUUUCUGCACUACUUUAUGCAGGUGUAAAAGUGGAUUGUGCAGAUGCUGAUAGCCGAACAGCUUUGAGAGCAGCAGCUUGGGGAGGACAUGAGGAUAUUGUACUGAAUUUGCUACAACAUGGUGCUGAAGUCAACAAAGCUGAUAAUGAAGGCAGAACUGCGCUGAUAGCAGCAGCAUACAUGGGCCAUAGAGAAAUUGUGGAACACCUCCUGGACCACGGAGCAGAAGUGAAUCAUGAGGAUGUUGAUGGCAGGACUGCACUCUCUGUAGCUGCACUUUGUGUGCCUGCAAGUAAAGGACAUGCCUCAGUUGUUAGUCUUUUAAUUGAUCGAGGUGCUGAAGUAGAUCAUUGUGAUAAAGAUGGAAUGACUCCACUGCUGGUAGCUGCCUACGAAGGACAUGUCGAUGUGGUUGACUUGCUUCUAGAAGGGGGAGCAGAUGUAGACCACACAGAUAACAAUGGUCGGACACCCCUCUUAGCAGCAGCUUCUAUGGGCCAUGCCUCAGUUGUAAACACGCUUUUGUUUUGGGGUGCAGCUGUGGAUAGCAUCGAUAGUGAAGGUAGGACAGUCCUCAGCAUAGCUUCAGCCCAAGGAAAUGUUGAGGUAGUACGUACCCUCCUGGAUAGAGGGUUAGAUGAAAAUCACAGAGAUGAUGCCGGGUGGACACCUUUGCAUAUGGCAGCUUUUGAAGGUCACAGAUUAAUAUGUGAAGCACUUAUUGAACAAGGUGCUAGAACAAAUGAGAUCGAUAACGAUGGACGAAUACCUUUCAUAUUGGCUUCGCAAGAGGGUCAUUAUGAUUGUGUCCAAAUAUUAUUGGAAAAUAAAUCCAACAUUGAUCAAAGAGGUUAUGAUGGGAGAAAUGCACUGCGGGUUGCUGCAUUAGAAGGGCAUAGGGACAUUGUUGAAUUACUCUUUAGCCAUGGAGCUGACGUUAACUACAAAGAUGCUGAUGGGAGACCUACGCUUUAUAUUUUGGCCUUAGAAAACCAACUUACAAUGGCUGAGUAUUUUCUAGAAAAUGGUGCAAAUGUAGAAGCAAGUGAUGCCGAAGGAAGGACAGCACUUCACGUUUCCUGCUGGCAAGGCCAUUUGGAAAUGGUGCAGGUUCUGAUAACCUACCAUGCUGACAUCAAUGCUGCCGACAACGAAAAGCGAUCUGCUUUGCAGUCUGCAGCUUGGCAGGGCCACGUAAAAGUGGUUCAGCUUCUGAUCGAGCAUGGUGCCAUAGUUGACCAUACAUGUAAUCAGGGUGCAACUGCACUCUGUAUUGCAGCUCAGGAAGGGCACAUUGAUGUUGUGCAGGUUUUAUUAGAGCACGGUGCUGAUCCAAACCAUGCUGAUCAAUUUGGACGCACUGCAAUGCGUGUUGCAGCCAAAAACGGACAUUCUCAAAUAAUUAAAUUAUUAGAAAAAUAUGGUGCAUCUAGUUUGAACGGCUGUUCCCCAUCUCCUGUUCAUACAAUGGAGCAAAAACCUCUGCAGUCGGUGUCUUCAAAAAUGCAAUCAUUAACAAUCAAAUCAAAUAGUUCUGGCAGUACUGGUGGAGGGGACAUGCAGCCUUCAUUGCGUGGUUUACCUAAUGGGCCAGCUCAUGCAUUCAGUUCUCCUUCAGAAUCUCCAGAUUCUACGGUUGAUCGUCAGAAGUCGUCGUUGUCAAAUAAUUCCCUGAAAAGCUCAAAAAAUUCAUCUUUGAGAACAACUUCAUCCACAGCAACGGCUCAAACAGUGCCAAUUGAUAGCUUUCAUAACCUGUCAUUUACAGAACAAAUUCAGCAGCAUUCGUUGCCACGCAGUAGAAGUCGACAGUCAAUUGUGUCCCCAUCUUCCACGACGCAAUCCUUGGGACAGAGCCAUAAUUCACCAAGUAGUGAAUUUGAGUGGAGUCAGGUGAAACCCAGCUUGAAGUCGACUAAAACAAAUAAAGGGGGGAAAUCAGAAAAUUCCAGCAAAUCUGGGGCAGCUGGGAAAAAAGCUAAACAAAAUAAUUCUUCACAGCCAAAGGUUUUAGAAUAUGAAAUGACUCAGUUUGAUAAAAGAGGGCUGACGGCCAAAUCCGGGACUAGUGUGCCACCUAAACAAAUAUCAGCAGAAUCUCAGUGCAAAAUUAUGGUACCUUCAACUCAGCAAGAAAUUGGUCGAUCUCAACAGCAAUUUCUCAUUCAUCAACAAAGUGGGGAGCAGAAGAAGAGAAAUGGGAUAAUGACCAAUCCAAAUUACCAUCUUCAGAGCAACCAGGUUUUUCUUGGUAGGGUUUCAGUCCCACGGACAAUCCAAGACAGGGGGCAUCAGGAAGUGUUAGAAGGAUAUCCUUCCUCCGAGACGGAAUUAAGCCUUAAACAAGCCCUGAAGCUUCAGAUUGAGGGUUCUGACCCUAGCUUCAACUAUAAAAAGGAAACACCAUUAUAAAAGUUUCCUAUUCUGUGAAACAGAAGACAUUGUGAUUGGAGUGGUUCUUCAGCUACUGGAUGAAAACAUAAAAUGCCUGUUGAUUUGCUGAAAAAAAAAGAAGAAUGUGAUAUCUUCAGUACAGUUACCUUAAUUACUGUAAUGUGCCUAAAUAGUAAGGCUGCCUUCUCAAUGUAACCCUCUGUGCUUAAAAAAUUUCAUUUUGUGUGCUUUGUAUUCACUACACAAGAAUAAGCACUUUUGUUUUUAAAUGCAGAUAUAUACUGCAGUUCCCUGAUAAAAGCUGAAAAAAAUUUUAAGUUAAGAUUUGAUAAAUGUGCAUGUGCCAUGAUUCAAAUAUAUACGAAAAGGCAGUGUUCUUUGUAUUUAUUUUAUUUUUUCUUUUUUUGUGGCAGACGAAACUUAAGCAUAUUGUUUCAGUCACAUUUGCAUUGUUGUAGUGUAUGGCUUGUUUAUUGUAUCUUUAAAAAUGUUGCUCAAUAAAAUAAAUCAUGCAACUAUUUUAUGUUCAGUACACCUUCAGCAUUGGUUGAAAAUGUGUUUCUAUUUAAUAAUGCCACAUUGAGGUGAAAAAUGGUUUGUUGACAGAUUUUUAAAAAAUAAUUCUAGUGUUUUAGGGAGCUGCUCUAAGUAUUAGUUUAAAUUUGGAUUUCCCAGUAGAAUCCUCCUAAUCUCUGGCUACAGAAGACAAAAAGAAAAAGAGAGAAAGAAAGAGAAAGAGAGGAAAAAGCAGACUAUAGGCGGAACAAAGUUCUGUUUCAUUCACUGGGAUGCAGUUUCACCUUCCACUCACUUGUCACUCCACCUCCAAGAAGACAGACUAUCAUUCCUGAGGCAUGAAAAUUCUCAGGGACAAAGCCAUGCCUCAGGGCAUGUGUACGUAGGACAUGCACCUGUCUGAGGGUAGAUUUUUGAUCCCUGAACAAUUCAUUGACUACACUUAUCUCUUCUGUCCAGUUAAAUAAAAUACUUCCCAGCGUAAAUUUUCAUGCUGACUUCUCUCUCAGUUGUUUCGAUCUUGUAAAUCACUGCAUGACCAAGAUAGCCCCUGACUCAAAAUCAGUUGAAUCAAUUGUAGUGGUAGUUGGAUGUAAUACGUGCGGUCUUUCACAGAUGACACCACUAACCUGUCAGUCUUAGCACAUGUGUAUUUUUUUUAUUGAUACUUGGUAAACAAUAGUGAUGGAUUUGCACUUUUCUGUCCACAUACUCUUUCCUGUUUUCUUCUUUAACCAGUUGCUCACAGGAUGACCGGAUGGCAGGGUUAAAGAUGAAGUCUGUGACCAGGGAAAACAAAGGUAACUGGCUCAAAUGAGCAGGGGACCCACAGCCUUGGCCUUCCAGAUGGGCUCUAAACCAGUGAGACUGGCUUAGAUGGGUUGUGUGUAUGUCUGGAAAGGUUAGAAUUGAUUGUUGAGAAGCCAUGGUUGUGGGUUUGAUCUUUGAAUAAGCCCCGUGAAUUUUAGAAAGCCCAGAAAUUCUGUUUUUUCCCAUGUGCUGUUGAUAAGAAAGAGGAAUGAGGAAAGAGAAUUUGGAGAUUCAGCACAAAAACACUACUACUGGAGAAAAAUCUUGAGUAACAGAGGUCGGUAAUGUCAUCUUCAUAUAUGAAGGACGCACGUGAUGCAUUGUU